CCCAGACCUCUCUCCAAGCCUUUCCAUCCCAAAGAUCCGGCUUCGCCCAUCUCCAAAACUGUACUGUCAAACAAUGCCAUUGGAGAGCCAAGGCACAAAACAGACCUCCCCGGUGGCCAAAGAAAUAUGGGCCCGUUCAAUCCCUAUCUCUAGUACUAAAGGUCAGGCUGAGCAUCGUAACCAGUGUUCCCCUAAACCAGCAACCCAUGACAUACUUGACCAAGAGGUUCUGAUGGACUUUGUAACACGUUCUGGGUUGAUGAAACCUGUACCAACAUCUUAUUCUAGAGGUGUAGGCACACCGCCUGAUACGUACACCCAUUCCUCUCCACAAUCUCAACAGCCAGGGGCCUACAGGACAAAAGGCAUGAAGUCUCAGGACCCGAACUUGUUGCAGGCCAGGCUCGGACUAAGGAAAACAGGAAGGAUAACAAAAUCCAGUCCUGGGUUUCUUCUAGGUAAGGAUGGCAUUUCCAAGCAAAAGGUUGCUGACACAAUAUCUGAACCAAGACCAAAUGACCUGGUAACCCCAUCAGGUACUGCUCUGUCAGGAGGUGUGUCAGCCAGACAAAAUGUUGUCUCAAGGAGGAAAGUUCCAAUUAUUGUUGAAAAUGAUUCUCAAUCAAUUCAUUUUCAGUUUAAGUCAAAGAGGGGUGGACAGGGGUCCCAAUGUGGCCUUGCUUCACCAAAAACACUCAAACACAUUGGACAUCUUCAGAAGGGACUUCAGUCUCAGGCUGCCAGCGUAUAUGCUGGUCGACUACCUUUCAGUCAAAAUGAAUACUGUCAAAGUGCUUCUCCUCCUAUGCCUCCCAAGACGCCAUCUUGGAAAGAACACCUAAGUCGAUCAACAUCUGCAGCAGUUACAGAAGUUAAAAGAAGCAGCUAUGACCUCAACCCUCGGGCAAAGAAGGGAGCAACAUUCAUAAAGGACUUUACCACCAAAGAGUCUCAUCUGGAAGAGUCUACAAAGACCAUCUUAGAUGCUGCAUUUCAACCUUUAGCACAAGCCAGCCCUAGUAGAAAAUACAAGAACCUCCAAAGACCCAAAUUCUGGACUAGACCUCAGUGUCAAAGUCUACCGACCGAUACACAAACCAUUGAGAGGAAACAGAAUCAAUCUAACCAGUCAAAUAGCAGCAUUUUGAUGGGUAGGUGUCUUUUAGAAGUCAGUCAGAAACAGGAAGCCCUUCAGUCUGGGGUUAAAAGGUCAAACAGCGACAACUCCCAGACAUGUCUGGUGGUACCUCUGACACAAGGGGCCUCCCUCACACCCUCUGCCCUGUCAGAGGCCCCUGAGAGAUCAACUAUUAAACAUGGACAGGGCUUGGAUUUGGACCAUUGCCAAAAUAUCAAUAGUGGUCACGUUACAGAAUCCACCAAACUCAAUCUAGAUGAAUGUGUGCUGCACAGUGGAACCGUUCCCAAAAUGUUCAGCCAAUCACAGAAACCUAUUUUACAUCCUGUCCAAUUGGCUUUACGAAUGGUGAAGAACAACGACGGAAAUCACAAAGGAGUCAAAGGACUAAGGCCAGAUAAUCUAGAACCCACCCAAACAGGCCCACCUCCACCACCUGACCAUGAGAGGCCCAAUAUAAACCCACCAGAAUAUUCCUCAGAAGAAUGGACUGUGCACUGGCCCCUGUCCAUGGAGCGCAACGAGCAGCACAAAACACCACAGGUUGGCCCAGAUUCAACAGAGGUCGCUGAGCAACCAUCCCAACCCCAGAGCCAGGGUAUAGACUGCUACAUACCAGGAGAGAUGGAUAUCUCACCAUCACAUGAAUUGGAUCACCCUCUUUCAAGCAUGACGUUUGUUGAUGAAGAGGCAGAGCAAUUACAUGAUGACAUCACCACACCUCCUCGAGUGUAUUUGUCAAUGGACAUGUCAGAGUCCAUUGUUCCCCCUGAAGUGAGACCCAAACCUGCUGUCCCUGCCAAGCCCCCUCAUGUGGCAGCACCAUCCCCCACAACACCCCAUGGACCAUCAGGGCUAGGUGGCGGGGUCGGGGUUGAUCGAGUUCCCGGGUUGGGACACUCUGGCAGUGGAUCCACGUUGCUGGGAUACAUUGGGAUUGACACCAUCAUUGAGCAGAUGAGGAAGAAGACCAUGAAGGCUGGUUUCGACUUCAAUAUUAUGAUAGUGGGUCAAAGCGGGCUGGGGAAGUCAACGCUGGUGAACACGCUGUUCAAGUCCCAGGUCAGCAGGUGGAGCUCAGGAUGGGGCGGCGAGCAUAAGAUCCCCAAGACAGUGGAGAUCAAGGCUGUGUCCCACGUGAUCGAGGAGGGCGGAGUGAAGAUGAAGUUGACAGUAAUCGACACACCGGGUUUUGGUGAUCAGAUCAACAAUGAAAACUGCUGGGAUCCCAUCUCCAAGUACAUCAACGAGCAGUAUGAGAAGUUCCUGAAGGAAGAGGUCAAUAUUGCCCGAAAGAAGCGAAUCCCUGACACCAGAGUUCACUGCUGCCUCUACUUUAUCUCCCCAACUGGACACUCUCUUCGACCGCUAGACAUUGAGUUUAUGAAGCACCUAAGUCGUGUGGUGAACAUCAUCCCCGUCAUCGCCAAGUCUGACACCAUGACCCCUGACGAGAAGAAUGAGUUCAAACACAGGGUGAGGAAGGAGCUGGAGACGCAUGGGAUUGAGUACUACCCGCAGAAUGAGUUUGAUGAUGAUAUGGAGGAUAAGAAUGAAAAUGACAAGAUUAGGGAGACCAUGCCCUUUGCAGUGGUGGGCAGCGACAAGGAGUUCCAAGUUAACGGCAAACGGGUUCUGGGGAGGAAGACGGCCUGGGGUGUGGUAGAAGUUGAAAAUCCCAAUCACUGCGAAUUUGCUCUGCUACGAGAUUUCCUCAUCAGGUCUCACCUCCAGGACCUGAAGGAAGUCACCCACAACAUCCACUAUGAAACCUACCGCGCCAGGAGACUCAACGACAACGGAGGUCUGCACCCCAUCUCGGCCAACAACACUCAGGAGAGCAACCUUUAAAUUUAGGACUAGGGAUUAAGGAAAGAGAGAGAUAAACAGAGAGAUCAAAAGAUAUUGAUCGACAAUUCUAUGUUGUGAUAUGAGCAUCACUGCAUGCUUUGGAGAACAUUAUAGAUGUGGAAUUCAUUGUCAAAAUAUCAUGUUAGGAGAGCUUUCAUUCCAAAACACGUCCUACGUCUCCCUUUCCUCCGCCCAUCGUCCUAAACCACCCACACUCACAUCCCAGUUACACCUGGGAUUAACCUUUGAUCCUGCAAUCCAAAACAAGGCCAACCCCAGUGUUUCCCCCGAAUGCAUUUUGCAACGGCGCAAUAAAUAGUGACCGCCACUGCAAAUGUUUUUUGUUAUAAUGUAGAUGUGUAGAUGUAUGUCCCAGGAAGAACCCAUCCGCCGCCCCCCGCAGGAAGACCCAAGGAAGACCCCAUCUGCCACCCCCAGCUACAUCUGCAACCCAAAGCAUUUUGGGAUUGAAGGGAAUGAAUCAAAUGAAGUACUUGAAAUUCGAUGGAAUUCCCUUUAUUCAUAAAAAAUGGAUUUCCUUUUGCCGCUCACCUUGUGCUCUACUCAUCCUUGCCCUGUAAUUAUACAGUAUGUUAUGUAGCUGCCACCAUAAGAAUAGAUUUUGAGCCGAAAUACUUUAUGAUGGGGCUGGUAAAUGAGCACCUCAACUUCCACGAAAGCAAUGUGACGUAAAUAUAAAUUGACAAAGGGCUUUAUUUAUUUACAAUAUAGCUAUUUUGUCACUUUUGCACAAAAUAUAGAAAUCACAGUCUGAAAUUCAUAGUAUUUGCCAUUCACAGCUUUUGUGGGCUUUUUUGAAAGCUCUGAUGUCAAAGUGACGUGCCAAUUCCCUUUAAUGCUUUAAUGCCGGCUUUCCUUCUCUCUGCCACACGAGGGCAGCGCUUCCCUGCGCAUACUCACCCUGUGACAAGAAAUGGUUUAUUCAUAGACUUAGAUAGAUGUCUCUUUUUAGUCUGGUAUCUAUCUCUAUAGUUUACUUCCCUCCCUCCUAUUCACUCCCUCCACUUCAUCUGGUGACCCAUGCCCAGUGCAUGUUUACAACAAGUCCUCCUUUACCAGAGUAAUCAGUCCAAAUAUAACCGAUCAGUUAUGGCAUGGUAAUGUUUACCAAGGUUUCUUAUGGAAAUCACCCUUCGAUAGAGCACAGGUAUUCCAGAAGUAGCCUACAAGCAAUUAAGUUUCACUAUAUUUAUCAAACAAUUCACUUUUGACCUAAACUGUAUCCUGAAAGGGGUUUCCCUGCUAACUUUUUCUACAAUCAUACAGCGUGUGUGUGUUUGUAUGUGUGUGUGAGUGAGAAGUGACUCAAUUUGGUGUCUAACGUUUGGAAAUGUGUAGUUGUAUAUCAUUAGUGUGGUAUUAGUGAAGACGUUUUUUCAAGGAACAAUUUAAAUAAUACAAAAAAACUAUUCUCACUCUUGUUUCUAUACAAUGUUUUUAUGUGUGCAUGUCAGGAAACGUCUCUCCUAGUCCUUCUGUCAUUUUCAUUUAAGGAUAUCCCCAGCUCGCAUAUCAAUGCACAGUCAUUUCAAUACAUUAACCAUUUUUGAACAUGGUGUGUACAUCAACUAACCGCGAAUAACAAUGCAUCACUAAAACUCCAGUAACUCAAAUCAUUCCGCAUCUCUUAAAAACAGCAGUGAAACCUUUGGCUGUGAAUUUCCUGUUAUCGUUUCAUUUAAAACCCAUUUUUCUUAAAAGUUGUUCUGAUAUGCUGAGAUGUCAAUUCAGUAUUGCAUUCAUUAUUUAUAUAUUCAUGUAUUAUUUAUAGUAAUUUAUUGUUUAUUUAAUAAAAAAUACUUUUGCCAUCUCUUGA